AGUAACGACGGAGGUAGAGAUGACAGAACUAACUCUACCAACCCUGCUACCGACGUCGUUAUACCGUCUACUCUGUUGAACGCAAUCACGUCUGGUCCAUUCAUAUCACAUCCGAACCAGUUCCAGGGCGAGGAUUCAGACGACACGACCAACAACUUUGAUGUGCGCGAAGUUGCACAGCAGCUGCACGAAGAAACGUCCCGCAUCCUAGACCGCUCUGCCAGUAUCUCUAUCGCUGAAUUAGCACGCAACCCAGCAUCCAAGACCGAACAUGAGUUUCGCAAGACUAGCCUUGAACCGAACUUUGGUUCGACCUUGAAGAAUCAGGGGUUGAGCCCACGCCACAGAGACUCAGGCCGCCAUGCCCUGUCCACUGUGACGGAAGGAAAAGUUACGGCAACUCAGAAUCGAGCGACCACCGAUGACUACUUCGGUAACUACAGCAUUGGAGCACAAGGUCCUCGACUUCAUCGGCGCACUUCAUCAGACAGAAGCGUUUCAAGGAAGGCGCGCAUGGACGAACCGAGUCCAACCCAUCCAAGUCCAUUGCGAUUACAGAGCAGGAACCAUUCACAUGGUGUAGACGACAUCGACAUCCGGAUUAGCACACAGAGAUCUCGACGAUCUACGGCAGGUGCGUCUCGUAAAGAGAGUAUCGUACAGCGCUCUGCUUCUAUUGUGCUCGAGACUGUCGAGAAUGUGAAACAGGCUAUACGAAGGAGCAGUAUCCAUGACGUCUACGAGAAGGCANAAAAGCGAGGUGUCGAGUUGCAAAGGAGCAAAUGGGCCAUGCGGAUCUUCGAGUACACGUUCUAUCUCAUACUUGUCGCCUUUGUCUACUUCGUUCUGGUGGGUGUACCCCUCUGGAAAGGCGCUGUGUACUGGUUGUAUUGGGUGUUUGAUCACAAGUUUGCCGUUGCUGGUACUUGGUAUGUUGUACUUUCAACACAAAGGUUUAGAUCACUGACACAUAUAGGUNCCGUCACCAUUGGUAUCGCUUUCCUAUACGCUUACACACCACUCCUUGUCUUUUUCGAGAAAGAUCCGCCCAUGCCUGCUGACAUUGACAACAUCGAUCCCAAUCGAACACCAGGUGUUCACAAUACAGCACUUAUGAUACCCUGCUACAAGAGUGCCAAAAUCAUUGGCCCUACUCUAGAGGCAGCCUUGAAAAUAUUUCCACCUUCACACAUCUUCUGUAUAGGAUACACGAUCAAAUCUGUGGGGCCAGAGUCAUCUCGAGGUACCUUGUGUCAACAAGCCCAAGAUUUGGAGUACAAGAUCAGUGGCAUUCAGCGAGCCUUAGCCGGAUAUGUUGGUAGUGCGACUUUUCCUCACGGAGCAAUCUCUCUCUGGGAUCGUGAGUUUCUGAUUCAAACAUUUUACAAACACCCUGGCUUUAGCGUCUCUGAGGACUGGUUCUUUGGUCAUGUUGCUAGGCAGCUCGGUUCCCGGAUCACCAUGUGCACCUCUGUGUUUAUCGAGACUGAAACACCAAAUGCCGUCUUCUUCAGCUCUGGAGGCGCACGAGGAGGCUUUGGCGAAAUGACCAUUUUCAAGCAACGUUUUCACCGCUGGAACUUCUUCUUCGUCAAUGGUAUGUACUACAAUAUGGCUUAUAUCUUUGGCUCCUGGAAACUCGGCUUCUGGGAAAUAGGAGCCAAGCUGUUUGUGUUCCAAGAAGUUUACGAGACACUGUUGUAUCUCUUGUCACCAUUCGUGCUUCCUAUCUCGAUCAUCGUACGCCCGGACUUCUUCGGAUACCUUUUUGCAGGCACGUUUGUGCUGUAUUUCCUCAACGCCAUCAUCUUCAACGAGCUUCAUCUGAGGUUGAAGAAGGAGAGAGUCGGAUCUAUAUGCGUCUACCUCUACUACAUGCCUUACAAAGUCGUGCUUACCUUUGUCAACGUAGGCAGCUGCUACUGGUCAUUGUAUAAGUACGCACAGUACUUCGCUCGGCGCCAUCCAAAGAUCGUCGAAGAUGAGAAAGCUGUUGAUGUGGUGCUGAGAAUGGAAGAACAGCAUGACACUCUAGCUGACGAGGGACGACGCAUGACGAUUACAGCAGUUGGUGCUCAGACCCAAGGAUCAGUAGUGGAACAGACUCCUUCCGGACCCACCGAGCGAAAAAUGACAGUCACCACGCUGGGCCCGAAACUCGACAUUCCCGACAUCCACGAUAUUCAGCCCAUGUCACCAGUAGUCGAACAACCCGAACAAUUCGCCCCAGCAAUCAGACUCCAAGGCGAACGCGUCAGUUUCAACUCCAGAAGGAGCAACAGCCCAGCCGUGCAAAUCGAACGACUGCCCAGCCAUACCUCUGAAGGUAUUUCUCCAAGCCAAAACAUCGUAUCACCAUUAUCCCGCACCACGACCGUAGACAGAUUGGAUGCAAGAUCCGUCGAUCACCGAUCCAGACGUUCGGCCAGUAUUCGCUCAGACCCUGCUCGUCGCUCUCCUAGUCUGCCUCGCUCGCACGUUUCUGCCGAUUUCGAGUCGCCUGGGUUUGAAGAGUUGAUGGAUAGAUUGGCUAUCAUCGAGUCGAGGAUAAAUCCUCGUAAUGUGUCUGCUGUGGAGGUAUCUAUAGCUGAAGAUGUCGUGCCUACUGCUGCACCACAACUAGCAUUUCCCAACUACCCGGAUCAUGUUAGGACUAGUGCAGGAGAUGAAGAAGAGGGAGAGUAUGAGAUGUAUGAUUUGGAGAAAUUGGAUUCGGGCAAGACUGACGACUCGAGGAGUAUGGUA